AUGAUAAUAAAUGUUGCUUAUCCACCUGGUCCAAGUAAUUACAUAAGUGGUAUUACUUCUUCAACAACUAAAUUAGCAACUUCGCCAUCACCUCUUCCAUUACAACUGCAUUCUUCUCAAGAGCAUUUAAAGCAAUCACCACAAUUAAGAACAAUGUUGAACACAUCUCCUGACACUGAAUCUCACAAUAAAAGAAGCCAAUCGCCAAUCAAUAAUAAUAGUGGCAACAAUUCAUCAAAGUAUCAAGAUUUACCUGAAUUUUAUAUUGAAAAACUAUCACAAAAAAAUAUUUCAUCAAAGCUUUUAAUGGAAUAUCUAUUAUCUUUACGAACAGUAUUAUCAUCUGCUAAUUUUUCUUGGAUUAAAGAAUUCAUUAACAAGAAUGGAUUAAAGAUUCUAGAAUCUUUACUUGAAAAAUAUGCUAUUGGCAGAUGUGAAGUUUUAAAAUCACCUUCAUUGAUCUUGAGAACUGUUUUUUGUUUAUUGGUUACUCCAAACAAUGAAUUAUGUGCUCAAAUUGCAGAGAUUCUUUCAGUGUUGUGUGUAUGGUCGUUGAAUAGGCAUAUACUGGUAGUUGAUGCAUUUUCUGAUUCACGUGUGAUCAAUCAGGAAAAAUAUCUUUUUCAAUAUUUUAUGGGCACUUUUAAAACAAAAAAUGAUGUUGAUGGAAAGGAGGAAGAUGGCACAUCAAUUGAAUAUAGGGUGACUAGGUUGAAUUUAACAAAUGUCAUUGUUAAUAAAUCAGAACAAAUUGAAGAACGUAUUUUGUUACAGGAAGGAUUUGUAAGAAAAGAAAUCUACAAUUAUUUUAGAAUUAUUAAAAAAGCUGACCCUCCUGAUUCUCUGAUAAAUCAAAUCAACGUCUAUAAAGAAGAGCAUAAGAAAGAUUUUGCUGAAUUGAACAAUAUAGCUCAUGAAAUAAUUAGAGACGCAAACAAUUCAUCAUAUAUUAUCUAUGGAUUACUACGACAAAUUGAAAAUGAUGAGAAUUUGCACUCUCAUAUUAUUGGAUCUCUUGAAAACUUUUUGAAAAUUAUUUGUAGAUCUUCAAACAAAAUUGAAGUAUUGGCAAUUAUUGAACAAUUUAUUGAAAAAAUCAAAACUGCAAAUAGUAUUAAAGAACAUGAUGAUAAUAAUAAUCUGGAUGAAAAAAAAUCAAUGUUGUCUCUUCAAAUAUCACAACCAACAUCUGAUCUACUUGACCUUUCUUCAAAAUCUCCACAAGCUCAGCAAUUUAAAGCUCACAAUCCCCCGCCACCGCUACCAACAACUCAAUUGCCAAUAUCUCCAAAAUUAUUAGAAAAACAUAAUCAGGAUAUUAAAUCUAGUAUAACAAAACCAAAACCAUUAUUACCAUCAACAGCAAAAAAGAUUGACACCAAUUCCAUCUUCACAAUAAAUUCUUCUUCGACUCCUUGGUCACUAAAACAAUUAUUUUGGAAUAAGCUUUCGGUAAAUGAGAUUAAUAAAACAGUAUGGCAAGAAAUUCCUAGUGAUAAUAUCCCAAUUAAUUUUGGAGAAUUGGAUGAGUUGUUUGGCCCAAAAGUUAAUAUUGUCAUGAUUUCAAGAUUGGCUGAACGAUUAACUUGUAUGAUAUUUAGGCAUAAAUUUGAAAAUAAAGUUCAAAAGCUUGUACCUACUGUAUUGGUAAUUGGCAAUUAUUUAAAUACUUCAUCAUUUCGAGGUAAUGCAUCAGGAUUUCAAUUAGACGCACUUCUAAAGAUGAAAGACACAAAGGCAAUGGACAGUAGUAAUGGAAAAGGAAUAGCUACACUUUUACAUUAUUUAGUAUACACUUUAGAAAUGUGUCAAAGUGACAUUAUAAAUUUUAUGGAAGAGUUACCAAAUUUGGAGGCAUCAGCUAGAAUUUCCACGACUUCAAUUUUAUCAUCUGUGGCGUCAUUGUUCUCGGGUGUUUCACAGAUCAAAAAUGAAUUAGAGAUUUUAAAGCAAAUGUCUCUUCUUUCUUCUACAACUAAUUCAGAAAUUAAAGAUAAUUUUAUAAUAGUUAUGAGCGAAUUUAUUCAAGGUGCAGAACCAAUAAUUGAAAAAAUUAAAAAUAUGACAAACGAACUAGAAGAAGAAUCGAAAAAAAUAGUGACUUAUUAUUAUGGAGAAAAUCCAGAUGAUAAAAAAAUUGAAGAUUUGUUAGGAUUACUUUUAACAUUUUCAUCUUCAUUUAUGAAAGCUAAAAAAGAAAAUGAAGAAUUUACUAAAAAGAAAAUACAUAAAGGGAAAAAUAGUUAA